GGCGAGGAGAGAAGAGUACAAGUUUUCCUGGUUUACUCCGUCGUCUCGUGCCCACUGUUGUCUAUAGUCCACGCGAGAUUUGAAUUGGAGAUUUGAAUUUCAAAGUAACGCAUCCAAUUUCAUGGUGGAUUUCCCAUCAUCUUCAAAAGCAAAAGGCGCUCAACGGGCUCCGUCAAAGUCCUCCAAUGGUCCUACGCUCGCUUCCUUCUUCCUUUAUAUGCCAAGCACUCUCGCUCUCCCACUGAAAAGCUUCCUUUCAACCCCUAACACAUGGAAAAUUCUGAACCCCUCCCGACCAAAUCCACAGGGAUUCCCAUUCACGGAGGCAAAUACGUGAGAUUCAACAUUCUUGGCAAUCCUUUCGAGAUCUAUGCUAAGUACGCGCCUCCUAUACAGCCCGUCGGACGCGGCGCUUACGGCAUCGUUUGCUGCGCGAUGAAUUCUGAGACUAAGGAGGAGGUUGCGAUUAAGAAGAUAGGUAGUGCAUUCGACAACAGGAUCGACGCCAAGAGGACACUUCGUGAAAUUAAGCUUCUCUGUCAUAUGGAUCAUGAUAAUAUAAUUAAAAUUAAGGACAUCAUACGGCCGCCAGAGAGGCAAAAGUUUAAUGAUGUUUAUGUUGUGUAUGAAUUGAUGGAUACUGACCUCCAUCAGAUAAUUCGCUCUCCUCAGGAUCUCACAGAUGAGCAUUGUCAAUAUUUCCUAUAUCAGCUGUUGAGAGGAUUGAAGUACAUACACUCUGCAAAUGUGUUGCACCGAGAUUUAAAACCAAGCAACUUACUCCUCAACGCAAACUGUGAUCUCAAGAUCUGCGACUUUGGGUUAGCCAGAACUACCUCCGAGACAGACUUUAUGACAGAAUAUGUCGUGACUCGUUGGUAUAGGGCCCCUGAAUUGCUACUUAAUUGCUCAGAAUAUACUGCAGCUAUUGAUAUAUGGUCCGUUGGUUGCAUUUUGAUGGAGAUAAUUGGAAGGGAGCCUCUAUUUCCCGGCAAAGACUAUGUUCAGCAGUUGAUGCUUAUAACCGAGCUUCUAGGUUCUCCAGAUGAGUCAGACCUUGGAUUCUUGCGAAGCGAUAAUGCAAAGAAAUAUGUUAAACAGCUCCCACGUGUAGAAAAGCAACCCUUUGCAUCCAGGUUUCCUGAUGUCUCGCCGUUGGCAAUUGAUCUUGCGGAGAAAAUGCUGGCUUUCGAUCCGUCCAAACGCAUAAGCGUGGAAGCAGCAUUGAAUCACCCGUAUUUGUCAAGUCUUCAUGAGAUCAACGAGGAGCCCAUUUGCCCGACUCCUUUCAUCUUUGACUUCGAGCAGACGACUUUAAGCGAAGACGAUAUAAAGGAUCUCAUAUGGAGGGAGUCUCUUAACUUUCAUCCGGAUGAGCUGGUGGUCUAGUCUCGGCAAAUCGGUCCUUUUCUCUUGGUGUUUGGUUUAUAAAAUUUCAUAUACGAGUUUGGAACUGUGGAAAAAUGGUGAAUGUGAUGUCGUAAUCUGUAUGGUGAGAGUGAAGAGGGAGAUAGGUUCACCCGCAAGGGGCGAAGGGCAAGUCUCUUUAUCUUUUCUUUUUACCCCCUCUUUAAUUUUGAGAUUUUAUGAGAUUACUUCUCUCAUUUAUAA